AUGGUUCCGGUACUCGUCGAGUCAUUCGAGCCCUUUCCAAGGCACCUUUGCCUUUCGCUGCCGGAAUCGGCCACCGCCGCAGAUGUAGUCGGAGGGUUCGGCCAGGUGCUGUCAAGCCAAUCGACCACGAGCUUCUCCCUGAUUCACAACGGGCGUAGACUGGGUCACUUCUCCACUUUGGCCGAUCUCACUUCCAAUGAUGAUGGGCAUCCGGUUAUGCUGCAACUUCGGGCGCUGUUGCCGGGUGGCAAGGGUGGAUUCGGAUCGAUGCUUCGUUCGCAAGGAGGCAAGAUGUCGGCAGGGGCGCGCAACACGAACAACGAUUCCUGCCGUGAUCUCAACGGACGUCGACUGGGCGUUGUUAAGGAGGCUAAGAAGUUGACCGAGUAUCUGGAGGGAGAGUCGGAGCGAAAGCGUCAGAUGGACGAGGCGCAGAAGAAGAAGUACGCAAAGCUGGAAAGGAUGCUCGGACGAGCACCUCGUAACGAGAAGGACCUUGCCGAAGCUGCUGAGAGGAUGGCGGAUGCAGGGGAAGAUUUUGACGAGGGGAGCGCAAGUCCCGAAGCGGGUCCAAGCCGCGGCAUCGGCAGUCUGGCCCAAGCUGACACAGCAACUCAGCGAAGAAGUGCGAACGGCAAUGGCGCAUCUGCUGCUGCUGGGACCAAGAGGAAGGAGCGCAUCGAAGACUCGCAGUACAUCGAACAGAGCCGUGAGAUCGUCGAGAACGUGCGCUCAGCGGUAGCAUCGGCCAUGAUGAAGAAGAAAAAGAAGCUCAACAAGGACAAGGGCAAGACGAACGCAUCCUCUUCAGCUUCAGGCUCCUCCGUUGCCGCCUCUACGUAG